AUGGCUGGUCCACCUCCUCCACCGCCCCCGGUUAUGGGUGGUAUGAAUUCCAACGGAGGAAAUCCGACAUCUGUGGCAUCUGCGAGCGCUGGCGGAAGAGAUGCGUUGCUGGGCGACAUUCGCAAGGGAGCCCGGCUAAAGAAAGCUGUUACCAACGACAGAAGUGCGCCCAAAGUGGGAGGGGGAGUAGUGGGUGCUUCGGCGCCUUCCUCCGGCGGUUCCAGCUUACCUGGUUCUCGCCCAACGGGCGCUCCAGCGGUUCCGCAAGCUCCACAAAUUCCCACGGGACAUGCUCCACAAUUGGGCGAUAUUUUGGCUGGUGGAAUACCCAAACUGCGCAGUACGAGUGGCGGCGCUAGUUCAGUGCCCCCCGUUCCACCAUCAGUCGCUCCCGUACCCCAAACGUCAUUUUCCACAGCUCCGGCAACUACAGUACCGCCUAUUCCAGGAUCAGCACCUCCUAUUCCAGGGUCUGCACCACCUAUCCCAGGAGCUGCACCGCCUAUCCCGGGGUCUGCGCCUCAAGUUCCGUCUUUUAGACCACAGAUGCCGUCUUCAAGACCUACUAGAAGAUCUGUACAUGCCUCAGCUCCACCCCCACCUUCAAAUUCCGUACCGCAAGCACCUUCAACACAUCCGGCUCCGACCGCUCCCAAAGUGCCUUCCACAUCCAUCCCUUCGGCACCACCUCCACCGCCUCCAGCACCUCCAGUGUCUUCUGCUCCCAGUGCACCAACAGCGUCUGCUCCCUUAGCACCCCCACCGCCCUUUCCCAAUGCAUCUGGCUUAGCACCGCCAGCACCACCAGCACCGCCAGCGCCACCUAUCAUUCCUAAGACAUCGGCACCUCCAGCACCUCCAGCACCUCCAGCGCCACCUAUCAUUCCUAAGACAUCGGCACCUCCAGCACCUCCAGCACCUCCAGCACCUCCACGCACCGCCAGCACCGCCAGCACCGCCAGCACCACCAGCGCCACCUAUCAAUCCUAAAACAUCGGCACCCCCUGCACCUGCUGCACCUCCAGCACCUCCAGCACCUCCAGCGCCACCUAUCAAUCCUAAAGCAUCGGCAGCUCCUGCACCUGCUGCUUCCUCUGCUUCCCAAGGCCUACCCUUUCUUGCCGAAAUACAGAAGAAAAGGGAUGAUCGUUUUGUUGUAGAUCAAAGCUCUAGCUAUACUACACAGACUGAACAAGCAGCGGGAUCAGAGCCUGUUAAGGCUGACGUGUCCCAGCCUCCAAAAGCAGCAGCUCCAGGAACUGGUAUGUCUUUCCUAGACGAGAUGAACUCAAAACUUCAUCGGAACGCUUCAGCAAGUAUGCCACCGCCAGUGCCGGCAAGUGGUGGGGCUCCUCCAAUACCUGUAGCAAGCGCCCCGGUGAUACCAAAAACAUCGCAACCGCAAGUCGCCGCUCCUCCUUUGCCCCAGAUGUCAGCCCCACCUCCACCACCAGCAUCUGGUUUAAUUCCAAAGCCCCCCUCAGCACCGCCGUUACCACAGGCGACUGCCCCAAGUAGCGGCGGUGGAUCCAAACCUCCAUCAGCUGCUCUUGGUGGGGGUUUGCCGUUCCUUGCCGAGAUUGAGCGGAAAAGAGAUGAUUCUCAUGUAGUGGAAGGCACAGGAGCCUCAAAUCAUGCCAGCGCGGGUCGUUCGUCAGCAGGAGCUCUUUCGGGUCCACCAGUACCUAAGGCUAGUGCUCCUGCACUACCUAGAGCACCUGAACCGCCGUCUAUCCCAAGCGCACCAGCACCACCAUCUAUUCCCAGUGCACCAGCACCACCAUCUAUUCCCAGUGCACCAGCACCUCCCUCUAAUCCUAGUACAACGGCACCGCCGGCAAUAAUGCCUACCUCACCACCAAUUCAUGCUUCUGAAUCAGCCGCCAAACUUCCACCUCCACCACCACCUUCUGGAAGCUCAGCUAACAAUCUAAAGCACCGGUUGUUCUCAAAUGGUGACUCUAGUGGGGCUAAUCAUGCGACGAAUCCUCACACCAAUCAACCAGAAAUUGAAACUGGUAACUUUACCAUCAGUGGUAGUUCAACAACCACAGGCGUGAAACUAGACAAUGCAAAGUUUGUCGUCGAUGACAGCAGAUUUAAGUGGUCGAACGCUUCUCAAUUGCCCAAACCAAGAGUUUUCUCCAAUAAGACGAAAAUGUACCCAAGUGGCAGGGGCAGUAGUGUUCCUUUGAAUUUGGCACUUUAUUCAUAA